AUGGUAUGGGGAAUAGCAUAUAAAAUUAGAAGCGAGGACAUUGAAAAUGUCACAAAUCAUUUAGAUUUUAGAGAAAAAAAUGGCUAUUGUAAGAAAAGUGUUACAUUUUACCCAAAAGAUAAAUCUGUUGAACCUUUUGAUUUGACAUUAUACAUAGCCAGCAAUGAAAAUGAAUCAUAUGCAGGUCCAGCAUCUUUAGAAGAGAUAGCAAAGCAAGUCAUUAGUUGCCAUGGUCCUAGCGGAUCUAACAAGGAGUAUGUUUAUAAUCUGGCCAGAGCUAUGAGAGAAAUUGCACCUGAUGUUGAAGAUGAACACCUGUUUUCCCUUGAAGAAACAUUGCGAAGACUCGAGAAGGAUCAU